AGAGGAAGAAGAAAUUAGGGAGAGAGAUUGUUUGUCUGCUCGCCUGAGAUCACGCAGUUUUAAAUUUUAAUAAGAAAGAAAGAAAGAAGAUUCAUUGUUUCUAUAAAUUCCCCUGUUUUCUCGGCCAUAUGUCAGUCGGCGUUCCGGUGAAUACGUCGAGCAGCAGCCAGUUACCGGCGGCGACAACAAGACGUCGCGUGGCUGAUUCUCAGGAAGAUCAUUGCAACUUCAGCACCGUAGGAGGAGGAAACGCAGUCGUUUACGUCCCCGACGAGGAAGAAGCCACUAGCUGCUGCAGCCUCUCCGACGGAGGAGGAUUAUCAUCGUGUUGUCCGAGUGGAUCCCACAACAAUUACCUCGUGGGGUUUCUGUCUCUGCGCAAAUUCAGGCUGGUGUGGAUGCUCAUGGUGGACAACAAAUCCCAGUGGACGGCUAAGAACAUGAGAUCGGCCUCGAAUCUCGGCCGUGUGAUUCUGUCCUUAUUAGGAAUCCUCGUCUUCACUUUCUUCCUUAUUGUUGCUCUCUCCGGUGGACGGCGGCAACACGUGGAGGAGAAACACGAGUUUGUGUUUUCGAUUCAUCCCAGAAAUAACAUUGAGAAAAUCAUCCGAGAAGAAGAGUCUUCCUCCAAUUCCAUUCAACUACUCCUUCCCCAACGAAAGCCGAUCCCAGAGAUUUGGAAUCAACCGGAAACUGGUAACUAUCACAAAUGCUUAACUCGUCCUAAGAACCAAAGACCAAUCAAGCAAACCAACGGUUACCUUGUUGUUCACGCCAACGGUGGUCUGAAUCAAAUGAGAACUGGUAUAUGCGAUAUGGUUGCAAUAGCCAAAAUCAUGAACGCUAGUCUUGUUCUUCCUUUCCUUGACCAUUCAUCUUUCUGGAGUGAUCCAAGUACGUUUAAGGAAAUUUUCGACUGGAGACAUUUCAUCAACGUAUUAGCAGAAGAUGUCAACAUUGUCGAGUAUUUACCGCAAGAACUUGCUUCCAUCAAGCCUAUUGAAAAGAAUCCUGUUUCCUGGUCCAAGGCGAGUUAUUACAGAAACUCAAUCUCAAAGCUACUGAAGAAGCAUAAGGUGAUUGUGUUCAAUCACACUGACUCUCGCCUAGCCAAUAACAGCCCACCUCCUUCCAUCCAGCGGCUUAGAUGUCGGGCCAACUACGAAGCUCUUCGUUACUCUCCAGAGAUAGAGAAUCUAAGUAAAGUUCUCACUUCAAGACUUAGAGAAAACAAUGAACCCUACCUUGCUCUUCACUUGAGGUACGAGAAAGAUAUGUUGGCCUUUACCGGGUGCGAUCACAGUCUAACCUCUGAGGAAUCGAUCGAUCUCGAGAAGAUGAGGUAUAGUAUUCCUCACUGGAAAGAAAAGGUGAUCAACGGUACAGAACGUCGUCUUGAAGGUAACUGCCCCAUGACGCCGCGGGAAGCUGCCGUGUUCCUCAAGGCAAUGGGGUUUCCUUCGACCACGAAGAUCUACAUUGUUGCAGGGGAGAUCUACGGCGAAAACAGUAUGAAUGCAUUCCACCAAGAGUUCCCAAACGUCUUCUCUCACUCCACACUGGCGACUGAGGAAGAACUUUCGACUAUUAAACCUUACCAGAACAGAUUGGCUGCUCUUGAUUACAAUUUAGCACUCGAAAGCGACGUUUUCGCUUACACUUAUGAUGGAAACAUGGCCAAAGCGGUUCAGGGUCACCGUAGAUUCCAAGGUUUUAGAAAAACGAUUAAUCCCCACAGGCAAAGAUUAGUGAAAUUGAUUGAUAGGCUCGAUGCGGGGCUCAUGUCUUGGGAAGAUUUCUCGUCCAAGGUGAAGAGAUUGCAUGGGAAAAGAUUAGGAGCACCGUAUGUUAGACGGGCAGGAAGGGCAGGGUUGAGUCCCAAGUUGGAGGAGAAUUUUUAUGCAAACCCUCUUCCUGGUUGCAUGUGUGACACUUCUUCUGAUGAACCACAACAACCCCGUAGUAUCAACCGGUUUGAAAGACCAAGUCUAAGUGCACAGACUCUCAGAUAACGAGAGAUAGAGCUUCUUAAACACACACACAUACGGGGAAAUCACAUGACUUUUGUUCUUUUUUUGGUUUUUUCAUGUAAUUAGGUUUAUAGAAAGAUAUUAGAAAUACAGACCUAAUUUGUGGACGCAGAUACGAAAUAAAAAAAAAUACGAAUCAUUGCUCA